AUGGCGCUACUGGACUAUGUGGAGCAGCACAACGCCCUGAUCAGCUCAGGCGGUGGCACGCAGCAGGAGGUCACAAUGACUGUCUAUCGGUCCAUUGGUGUGUCCAUGGACUACCCACGUUGUGACGGCGAUCCCGUUGGACAUGUCCAUCCAGCCUUACAAAACAAGGACUUCAGCGAGUUGCGCGAUGGUGAUCCGCUUUUUAUGACCUUUGAUGGUGAAGAGGUGAAAUUUGACCGCAAGUCCUACAAGGUGCCUGAGAAGUACGACAAAGUCUACGCCUUGUUUGUCAACGAGGCGGCGUACUACGAAAAGAAGGUCGCACUGAUGUUGAUGAGCUGCGGAGAAGCGAAGUUCUCCAAGUUGACCAAAGGCUAA